AUGGAGUGUUACUACAUCGUCAUCAGCUCGGCGCACCUCAGCAAUGGGCACUUUCGCAACAUCAAGGGAGUUUUCCGCGGGCCCCUCAGCAAGAACGGCAACAAAACUCUGGAUUAUGCAGAAAAGGAGAAUACGAUAGCCAAAGCUCUGGAAGACCUUAAAGCUAACUUCUAUUGUGAACUGUGUGACAAACAGUAUUACAAGCAUCAAGAGUUCGACAAUCAUAUUAACUCCUACGACCAUGCUCACAAACAGAGACUCAAGGAGCUAAAACAGAGGGAGUUUGCGCGAAACGUCGCCUCCAAAUCGAGGAAAGACGAACGGAAACAGGAAAAGGCUCUUCAGCGAUUGCACAAGUUAGCUGAACUCCGGAAGGAAGCUGCAUGCGCACCAGGGAGCGGCCCUAUGUUCAGAUCCACCACAGUGACAGUCCGAGACCACUGUAACGAGAUCCUCGUCAACUCUGCGAAAAACGAGCAAGAAUUUGACUUCACGUUAUUGCACAGCUCCAAAGCUCCCGGAGAUGUUACCUCUGUUGCUGUGUCCACACCUGAAGCUGCAAAAAACAGUAAACCAGAUGCUAGCAAGCCCGGUGAUCCAAUGCUGGGUCUCCAUGGACAGAAGGUGGGGUUCUCUUUUGCUUUUCCCAAGAAGGCAUCGGUCAAGCUCGAGUCCUCGGCGGCUGCGUUUUGUGACUACAAUGAUGACGCAUCAGCUGAACACGGGCUUAGCAGGAGAAGUCGGUUUGUUCCUGGGCCUUCAGCUGCAUCAAUUGAAGAAACCAGUCUGGGUAUGGAGGAAAAACCUAACCCUGUUGCUCCACUGACAGAAAAACACAGUGACAAACCAGAACUCACUCCGCUGCAGGACUCCAAGGAGCCACCUGUUGAGGAGAGCCCAAUGCAAGAGGCCACUGAAUUAUGUUCCCCUCUUUCCCAUUCAAAAGAAGCCGAACCUAGCAGUCUGGAGGGCUUUGGCACUGACGUGGAUUCAACAGCCUCGACUGAUGAAAGGUCCAGAGAUGCCCCGGGAAGCCAAGCUCUCCCUGCAGAAAACAAUAGUGACGAGCACAUCGGAAAUAAAUGUGCAGGUCUUCCCAUCAAUGAAGAUUGUUUUUCGCAGCAGGAAACGCAGGAAGGAAAUGAUCAGAACGUUGGUAGCGACUCACACGCUGCUGAAGACGAAAUUAAGAAACCCUCGUCUGAUGAACUGAUUCCAGCAAAUUCUGAAGGAGAAACGAUAGCUCUGCCUUGUAAGCAGGAGCCACGCAAAAGACCCUGUGAGCCGUUUGUUCCUGUGCUUAACAAACAUGGAUCAACCAUUCUUCAGUGGCCAUCGGAAAUGUUAAUUUAUACAAACACAGAGCCAUCUAUUUCAUAUAGCUGUAAUCCUUUAUGUUUUGACUUCAGGUCAUCAAGAGCCAGCAAAAGCCUGGAGAGAAACAAACCUCAGGCAAAUAUGCCUAAUUCUCCUCAUAAAACUGAUUCCAACCGGGGUUCAGUUAGAGAUUAUAUGCAUAAAUCUCAUUUGGUAUGUGCUGAUUGCGUAAUUGACAUUAAUGCACCUCCAUGUAGCCAUGCAACAUCAGUUUUGAUGAAUGGUUCUUCAGCUGAAGUUUCGAGUUCUGAAAAAAGCCAGGAUGAAUUGGCCUUGGAUGCUUCUUGCAAGACUGAAGAGAAAGAGAAAGACCACAGUCUCCCAAAAGAGCCGCAAGAGGGCUCAUCGACUGAUGAACAAGAUAAAAGAUGGAUCAAAAGAACACAUGAAAAAUGGUUUCAUAAAACUCGGAAGAGGAAAAGAAGAAGAAAGCUAUGUCAUCACCAUCAUCGGGACACUGCCAAGGUGGAUACUGGUAUUUCUCCAGCACCUGAAAAACAAGAUAAUUGUGUUGAUGUUAAGAAACAUCAGAAUCUUCCUAAUCUUAUGGAACAAGAUAUGAGUGAAACUAGACUGGAUGACUCAGUUUCAGAACUGUUAAAGCCAUCACAUGAAUCUCCUGGGGCUGAGAACAGUGAUGACUGUGAAACCAUAUCUAUGUCUACACAGGACCAUGGUAACCAAAGUCCAUGCCCAGCUUGGAAUGUGAAAGAUAACAGGGAAUAUUGUAUUAACUCUGAAAACCUGUGUAGAAGGAGCAAGCCAGUUUCUCACAGACAAUCAAAUAAGCCAGGAUUGAAUUCUGGAAGAUGUAAUUCAGUGUAUUCUAGACCCUUGUGUAGCUGGAGUAUCAAAAGGUCCAGCAGUAGCCCAUAUCACAAACAUUUAGGCCAUUAUCCCAGUGAGAAAUGCACAAAUCAAACACAGCCCAUAAAGAGAGCCUAUAAUUCUCUCGCAGACGAGCCAGAUUUUUUUCACCGAAAAAGAAGACAUCAUGCAUACUCUUGUUCAUCGGAUGAAAGUUCAAAUGCCCAGAGCUCCCUAUCAGAGGAAAAUGUGCAGCAAACAUACAAUUUUAGAGUAUCUUGUAAGCCUAAACGUAAACGAAGGAGAAAGAGAACAAGAACUCAUCAUGUGUUGAUAGAGAGGCCACCAAGAAAGACUAUCAGUGUAGAGCCUCCAAAAGGAGUCUCCAUAUUCAACAACACUCCUAACAUAUCAGCUGAAGAUACCAUAGAGAAUGUAAAUCCUCCUUGCGUGACUGAUUAUGCAAACAGUACGGAAGAGGCAAUACAGCCGAUAGAAAGUCAACCAGCACCACAACCUGAACAUUUACUGCCAUCAGAAAACAUCCAAGGAUCAAACUGUUCCAUUACAAAGAGUACUCCAUAUCUGGAAGAAUCCACAUGUUCCACUUCUCCUAUUACUGAACAGAGUGUCCUGGCAGCAACUAAAUCUAUCAACGUGCUGGAAGAGAGAGAAAAACAUGGAAACAUGAGUGUUCCUGGCAGUCAACCUCCUAAAAAAGUGCCCAGUAUUGAGAGGAAUCUGGACCAAGCUCCACCUAAAUCAUAUCUGUGCCACUACGAAGUGGCAGAGACCGUACCGCCGGGAAAACUUCACCCAUCUGCAAAUGAGUGGCUGCGGUAUAAUCCAGGUCUAUUUAAUACUCCACCUCCUUUGCCCUUUAAAGAAGCACAUAUAAACAGUCAUGCUUUCUUGGCCAGUGAGCAAAUCCUCACCCCAUUCACCUUACCCGAACAUGCACUGCUCUUGCCCCCCGAAAACCACGACAAAUUCAAAGACCUUCAAUGCGAGGCCUACCACCAGAUCUUCCAGCAAAACAUAUUAGCAAAUAAGGUGAAGCUGACCUUUCCUCCGGCUGCGCUCCCACCUUCGACUCCUCCUCUGCAGCCCUUGCCCUUGCAGCAGCCACUGUGUUCUACCUCUGUCACCACAAUCCAUCACACUGUUUUGCAACAGCAUGCAGCGGCAGCAGCCGCAGCUGCCGCCGCCGCCAGUACAUUUAAGGUCCUUCAACCUCAUCAGCAGUUUCUUUCCCAAGUCCCCACUCUUUCACGGGCACCUUUACCUCAUUUGUCGGUUGGGCCAAGACUUUGUCCCGCGGGCCACACAACCAUCAUAGGUCCACCUCAGCUGCCUCUCAUUCCAGCUUCCGUCCUCCACCCUAAUCAUUUGGCUUUCCCCCCUUUACCCCAUGCACUGUUUCCAUCGCUUCUGUCACCGCACCCAGCGGUCAUUCCCUUGCAGCCCCUCUUCUGA